GAGAGAGAGAGACUGGCCGGGCCGGGCUGGACUGGGCCCCAUUACAUAUCCUACCUAAUAUUCUUCCCCUCCCACCUCCCUCCCCACAUAUUAUAUAUCGUUUUUCACAACACACGUAAAAACAAAACCAUAUAUGAUAUAUAUACAGAGAGAGAGAGAGAGGUGUUAUUGUAGUAGUAAUGAGAAGUUUGGUCUGGGAGAAACAGAGUGCUAAGCUAGGGUUGGAAAUGCUUAGAUUACUGAGCAGAUGCACAUCACAUUCACAAAAGCAGAUUAGAAGGAGGUUUUCCAGCACCGCUUCUCUACGCCUUGAAGGCAAGGUAGCUCUCAUAACCGGUGGCGCUAGCGGGCUUGGAAAGGCUACGGCACAUGCAUUCAUCCAACAAGGCGCCCAUGUCGUGAUUGCCGAUAUCAAUACCCAAUUGGGCCCUCAGGCCUCUCGAGACUUGGGCCCUCAAGCCCACUUUGUGCCCUGCGAUGUCGCCGUCGAGGCCCACAUCUCCGACGCCGUGGACCUGGCCGUGGCCCGCCACGGCAAGCUCGACGUCAUGUGCAACAUCGCUGGAAUCGUGGGCUCCGCCUUCCCGCCUAGUAUUGUUGAUCUGGAGCUCCACGAAUUCGACCGGGUCAUGGCCGUGAACGUGCGGGGCACCAUGGCCGGGAUCAAACACGCGGCCCGGGUCAUGGUCCCCGCGGGCUCGGGCUCGAUCCUGUGCACCGCCAGUAUAAGCGGGCUGCUGGGCGGGUGCGGCCCGCACCCUUACACCGUGUCCAAGUUUGCUAUACCGGGGAUGGUUAAGUCCCUGGCAAGCGAACUUUGUGGACACGGGGUUCGGAUAAACUGUAUCUCGCCGUCUCCUAUUCCGACGCCGUUAGUGGUCGAGCAGCUUCGUAAAAUAAUGCCGAGUGCGACGAGGGACGAGAUAGUAGGGAUGAUCAAGGGCUUAGGGGAGCUGAAGGGGGCCAUUUGUGAAGAGGAGGAUGUGGCUCGGGCCGCAUUGUAUUUGGCUUCGGAUGACGCCAAAUUCGUGACGGGACAUAACCUCGUUGUGGACGGAGGAUUCACUACCUUCAAGAAUCUUAACUUCCCAAAAUUGACUUGAUUACUUCAAAUUUCAAAAAUCUUGCAAUAUUGUUAUUUUUUUUUUCUUAUGAUGUGACGCUGAUACAAAAGUAUAUUUUGAUGUUGUAUUUGAGUGUUUUAAGGAUUUUUUUU